GGAAGGCUGAAGUUUGAAUUUCUACCAUUGGGUGGCACUACUUUCCAUAUAGUGAAAGAAACCAUGGAAGAAGAAGAAGAAGUAGAAGUAGAAGUGUAAUGUUUUCCCACGUGAGGACCGCAGACCGUUGAUAUUUAUCACAUUUGUCAUAUAUCUCUUUGUAAAAACAUUUCUGCGAUCAAAUGGACGACGAGUUUACGCAAGACUACCGGGAGGCGUGUACUCAGUGCGGAAGUGUGGAUUGGGGCGUAUCAGAAGAAGGUCGCUUCUUCUGCAGGUCAUGCCACAAUGUCAUUGAGAGAACCCGCGAGGUGGACUCACAGGUGUACGCGCCGGGAACGUCCCGAGUCUCCACCAUCGGCAGAGGGAGCCGAACAAAGAGGCGGGAGCAAGGUCGUCAGUGGAUGGUGUGCGAAGCCUUCCAGUUCAUUCUGAGGAAGCAAGCGUGUGCUUUGCUAGAGUUGGGCGUGGCCCCGCCCUUUAAGGAUGAUGUGUUGUGGCAGUUGUGGCUGCGCUUCCUGCAGACAAGUCGGCUGGCAUACACACACACUCCGGUCAGGAGCAGCUUGUUCAGAGUGCAAGCUGAGGACUCGGAUGGAGGAAGUGGUGUCGAGUCGUCCUUUCUGUCUGCCAGCGAUACAGGCGGCGAGACGGACCUGCCCAGCACGUCUGGAUCCCAAGCAGAGAGCUGCAGUGAUAGGUCGACAUGCUCAGUGGAUGGCGCCGCUUACCUGACAUCUCGCCUCAGGCCACGAUGCGGCCACAUGAGCAUGACCAAGACUCUGGCUCUGAUCCAUUUGGCGCUGGUCUGGAGCCGCCAGGCGCUGACACUGGGCGACCUGCUCAGGCUGGUGAGCGAAGGACAUGUGCCGUAUGUCAACGUCUACGAGGAACUUCCUAAGGAGAUGCAGCUGGACGGCCCGGAUGCGCUCAUCUUCAGAGUUCAAAGCAUCCCCUCACAUCACAGCCUGCACAGGGAGGCUGAGGCACUCGCGCGCUUCCUGCAACUUCCUGCUUUUCCCCCAAUCAGCCGCCGAGACCUGCUGCAUCCCGUGUUGCUCAGCCUGCGCUACCUGAGUGACGCCAACCUGCCCGACGAGCUCCAUCCUUGGGUGUGUAUGUUGGUGGAGCACAUUGGCAUGGCGGAGGCAGCGCUGCACACGGUGCAUCCCUCGCGCCGCUACACGCUGCCUCAGUACGACGUCCAGGCCGCCGCCCUCAUCAUCGUCACCAUGAAGCUUGUUUUCGGCAUGGACGACCGCACAGAGUGGGAUUUGUCAAACGACACUAGCGCCAAAGAACACAACCUCCUGUUUGAUGGAGCUGCGUCACAUGACCACUUUAACCUUAGGAGGUGGUACCGGCUGGUGCAGGCUGCUCUGCUGCGAGCUGAGCACACACGACAUCAGGACACCGCCAGGAAGCAGUGGAAGGCCGCGCCCCUCUUCCCCAACAGGAAGCAUAAAUGUGUGGUCAUGAAGAGGAAAAGAGUAGCUGAGCAGCUCCAGAUGUGUUUCCAGAGGUUGUCAUCUCAGCCCGCCCAGGUGCCCCCAGUGGCUCCAUCCACUUUCAGUUUCUGUUGGGGGGACGAGGAAGGCGCCGAUGGUCCUAGUCUGCAUCACAACAAGCUGAAGGCUGCCGUUACCCUGAACCAGGAAGUGCUGACUCCCGUUAACUCAACAUACUGGCACCCGCCGCUCAGACCCUGCGAUCCCCGGAAGUGUGGCAGCCAUUAUUCGGCGGUCGAAUCGACGCUUCCUCGCUCCUUCGUGUGGCUGUUGAAGCUUUUCAGCUUCCUUCUGCGGGUCAGACCCGCUCACCUCUACCAGGAAGUGCUGAGCGUGGAGAGACGUCUCCUCAACAACAGGACGGCGUCAGGACAACAACGCUCAUGGGAGAGGACGCUCACCAGGACCAGGAGCUCACAGCUCAGAAAAAGCAAACUUGUGACGACGUAAAUGCAGCGAGGUCAUUUGAGGUAAUGCGGCGCUGUAGCAUCGCCAUGGCAACAGACCAACAGCGUUGCUUAGCAACAGUGGCAGCAGUGUCUCUUCAGUGUUUCCUGAAGAGACCUCCGCAGGCCAAAUGAGGCCACUGCAGCUUGAACAAAGACUCACCUCAGACUUACAUCACAUUUUACAUUACGUUCAGUCUUUCUCCCUGACGUACGCACACCAUUAUCAUCAAAACACUUUAUUGAGGUGGUAGCAUCCAUUGCAGCAGAGUGAUCACUGUUUGUGUGUCGGUUGAUGUUUAUUAACCACUAACUAUGAUAUGCUAAUUUGUCAGUAAGCCACCACCAUCAUUGAUAAACUAAGACAAGCUAGUCUAGUCUCCUUCGUGGCUGCUGAUUGGUCCCACGCACCAAAUACUUUUUUCCCCCUUAAACGACCUCGGUGAACUGGUUGGCUUUGUCCCUCUUUUGUGGGAGAGUGCACGUGUUGACUUCUCUGCAGCCUGCACGUGCACGGGUAAGCUGAGGCCACCCCCGUCAAUCACACAAGCAGACGGAGCGUCAUGGCCGCCACAGGAAGCAGCCAGGAAUGAACUAGUUUCUUUGUCUGCCCGUCCCCCAACAGGAAGACGUGUCACCUGGCCGAUGAUGGACACUUUAAAUUGCAGCAACAACAAAGGAGCCAACCACUCUGCCCCUGCCCCCCUCCUUGAUAGGAGGUUUGUUUACUGCCUCUACACACACACACACACAAGUGGGUGGGGUCACAUCUGUGCUUUGUUCUGUUGUAACUUUUAGUAAAUGAUGUAUUUAUUUA